UCAACUUCAGUUCAAUUUGUGGACUCGUGUAAGUUGUGCGGAUGAUUUUGUGUUGUGUAAAUAAAGAAUGGCGAAUCUGCGACAAACACCUUUAACUUGCAGUGGUCAUACUCGUCCAGUGGUUCAUUUAGAUUUUAGUGGAAUUACAGAGAGCGGUUACUUUUUAAUUUCAGCUUGCAAAGAUGGAAAACCAAUGUUACGUCAAGGAGACACAGGCGAUUGGGUUGGUACGUUUGAGGGACACAAAGGGGCUGUUUGGGGGGUGGCUUUGAAUAAAGAAGCAACGAGGGCUGCUAGUGGAGCGGCAGAUUUUACGGGAAAAGUUUGGGACGCAAUCACUGGCGAAGAAUUACAUUCAUUCCAACACAAUCAUAUUGUUAAGAGCGUUAACUUUUCCAAAGACAGUCAUAAACUUGUAACUGGGAGCAAUGAGAAACUGGUAAAAAUCUUUGAUCUCAACAAACCUGAUGCAAAUCCUGCAGUGUUUAGUGGACACACGUCUGGAAUAAGGCAUGCAUUGUUUUUCAGGGAUGAUGCCCAACUUGUGUCGUGUGCUGACGAUAAAACGUUGAGGGUGUGGGAUCGAGCAUCUGGAAAGGAGGUGCAGAAGAUCGACUUUUCAUCUAUCCCAAAUAGUUUGGAGGUGUCUAGGGAUGGCACGGUAAUAACAGUGUCUCAUGGUAAUAUAGUGACGUUCUUAGAUUCGCUUUCAUUAAAUAUGAUAAGGGAGUAUCCUCUUCCAACCACUGUUAAUUCUGCCUCCUUACAUCCGGAUAAAAGCAUCUUCGUGGCUGGUGGAGAUGAUUUCAAAAUGUACAAGUUUGAUUAUACAACAGGCACCGAAAUUGAGUCUUUUAAAGGUCAUUUUGGUCCGGUACAUUGCGUAAGGUUUUCCCCUGACGGUGAGUUGUACGCUUCCGGAUCCGAAGAUGGCACUUUGAGACUUUGGCAAACUACAGUGGGUAAAACAUACGGAUUAUGGAAAUGUAUUGAUACCCAGCAACUAAACCACGAACCCCUUUCCCCACCUAAGGAAGUUCCUGCGAGUUAAACUGGACGGAAUCGUUAUUUUUGUUUUGUUGGACUGAUUAAUUAAUAAUAUAUUUACCAAUCACGGUUUUUGGCCAGAAAAAAAUAUAACAAAAAAAUUGCGACCAGUGACAUCCCGAAGUUAUUAUUGUGAUUGUGCGAAGUAUUAAUAAAAAGCAAAAGCC